UCAUGAGUGUUGAUGAAAUGGGUCUUGCGAUGGUGAUGUCAGUCAGAAUGGCUCCUCUUCUUCCUCUGAUUUUUCUGCUCAUUAUUCACAAGGUUUACAGUAAGGAGGAAGUUGUGAAUUAUAGCCAUCCACACAUCUGUGCACUAAAGAACUCAUCAGUGAUAAUGAGUUGCACUUAUACAUACCCUACUGGAUGUAAGAUUGAGAAAGUGUUCUGGACCAAAAACCCUGUUAAGGGUGAAGAGAAUCCAGAUCUGUCUGAGGAUCCUGAAUACAGUCAGAGGCUUCAGUAUCUGGGAGACAAACAGCAGAACUGCACCAUCAGACUGAGUCAUGUGACACAGAAGGACCAACACAUGUACUGUUUCAGAUUCAUCACUGAUAAACCUAAUGUGAAAUGGACUGGUUAUCCAGGAGUGACUCUUACUGUCACAGAUCUUCAGGUGGAGGCUCCUGAGAGAGUGACAGAGGGUCAUAAUGUCAGUCUGACAUGUAAAAGCAGCUGCACUCUGACUGACAGAGCAACAUUCAUCUGGUACAGAAACUCACAGCCAUUAACUGAGAGAAGAGACAGAAACAAUCAACUCCUGCUGCAGUCAGUCAGAAGAGAGGAUGCAGGCAGAUACAGCUGUGCUCUACAUGGACACACUUACAUCUCUCCUGCUGCUCAGCUCAAUGUCUCCUAUGCACCAAAAAAUGUCUCAGUGUCCAUCAGUGGAUCUGGAGUAAUAGUGGAGGGAGAUUCAGUGACUCUGAUCUGCAGCAGUGAUUCAAACCCUCCUGCUCUGAACUUCAGCUGGUUUAAAGGAGGAACGUUUGUAGGAUCUGGAAGAAUCUACAGCAUCUCAAACAUCAGUUCUGAUGAUAGUAAAAAAUACAAGUGCAAGUCCAUCAAUGAACAUGGAGAGAAAUACUCUGAUGCUCUGAAUUUAAACAUCAUGUACUCUCCUAGACGUGUAUCAGUGUCCAUCAUUAAGUCUGGUCAGUUCUGGGAAGGAGAUUCAGUGACUCUAAUCUGCAGCAGUGAUUCAAACCCUCCUGCUCUGAACUUCAGCUGGUUUAAGGAGAAUCAAAGCUCAGCUGUUGGAUCUGGACAGAGUUUCAGUGCACUACAGAGUGGACGCUUCUACUGUGAGGCUCACAAUCAACAUGGAUCUCAGAGAUCAGACGCUGUUACUGUCACAGUUAAAGGACAUCUGGUGAUAUUGUACAUAUCCAUUGGAGUGGUUUGUGGAGCUGCAGUUGUCAUAAUGCUGAUAAGCCUAUGGAUUAAAAACAGAAAUGGUGCUCAGAAGUCUCAGGUGAAUCAUUCCAGACCUCACAAUGGCCUACACAAAACUUGCAUUGGUGGUGAGAGGACUGAUCCUGUGUAUGAGAAUGUAGAGGCUGCUCAACAUGACUCUAAUACCUGUAAACCUGAUCUGAACUCUUCUGUGUAUGAAAAUAUUACAAAUAAAAAGAGGAAGAGGAUAUAGUGUUUUGGAAACAAAGCAAACAUUUUACACCAAAUCUUUGUUCGUGGAGACCUGUUUGAUUGACAGAAGUGUCAUGAUAUGGCUAAAGUAAUUUGUAAAAAAUAAAUAAAUAAAGUAAAAGGUUUUGA